UGAGCCUCUUACUAUAAGUUCUUCAUGUGCUUAUAUCUGCUGGCCUCAAAGUAUAUGCUCUGAAUUUGCUUGCAGUACCUCUCCUUCUCUACAACUCCGAGUACAACACUGCCAUGGCUGCCUCAAUCUCCACUGUUGGAGCAGUUAACGGAACUCCACUGAGCUUGAAUAGCUCUGGCGCUGUAGCUCUAGUUCCCAGUUCAACCUUCUUUGGGAGCUGCUUGAAGAAGGUUACCUCAAGGCUCCCCAACACCAAGGUUUCCUCUGGAAGUUUCAAAAUUGUUGCUGCAGAGAUUGAUGAGGGCCAGCAGACCGAUAAGGACAGAUGGAAGGGUCUGGCAUACGAUAUUUCAGAUGACCAGCAAGACAUCACAAGGGGGAAGGGUAUGGUUGAUUCCCUUUUCCAAGCUCCACAGCAAACUGGAACUCACUACGCAGUCAUGAGCUCUUAUGAGUACCUUAGCACUGGACUUAGACAGUACAACUUGGACAACAACAUGGACGGUUUUUACAUUGCUCCUGCUUUUAUGGACAAGCUUGUUGUUCACAUCACCAAGAACUUCAUGUCCCUGCCCAACAUCAAGGUUCCUCUCAUUCUUGGUAUCUGGGGAGGCAAAGGUCAAGGAAAAUCUUUCCAAUGCGAACUUGUCUUUGCUAAGAUGGGAAUCAACCCAAUCAUGAUGAGUGCCGGAGAGCUGGAAAGUGGAAAUGCAGGAGAGCCAGCAAAACUGAUCAGGCAAAGAUACCGUGAAGCUGCUGAUAUAAUCAGGAAGGGAAAGAUGUGUGCACUCUUCAUCAAUGAUCUUGAUGCAGGAGCUGGUCGUAUGGGUGGAACCACACAAUACACUGUCAACAACCAGAUGGUGAAUGCCACCCUCAUGAACAUUGCUGAUAACCCCACAAAUGUUCAGCUCCCUGGUAUGUACAACAAGGAAGAGAACCCACGUGUGCCCAUCAUUGUCACUGGUAAUGAUUUCUCAACAUUGUAUGCUCCUCUCAUCCGUGAUGGGCGUAUGGAGAAGUUCUACUGGGCACCUACAAGGGAUGACCGAGUUGGUGUCUGCAAGGGAAUUUUCCGCUGUGACAAUGUGGCUGAUGAGGACAUUGUGAAGCUUGUUGAUACUUUCCCUGGCCAAUCCAUUGAUUUCUUUGGUGCACUCAGGGCCAGAGUCUACGAUGAUGAAGUGAGGAAGUGGAUUUCUGGUAUUGGUGUUGAUGGCAUUGGGAAGAGGCUUGUGAACUCAAAGGAAGGACCUCCAACCUUUGAUCAGCCCAAGAUGACUUUGAGUAAGCUCUUGGAGUAUGGUAACAUGCUUGUCCAAGAACAAGAGAAUGUGAAGAGAGUCCAACUGGCAGACAAGUAUAUGAGCGAGGCUGCUCUUGGUGAUGCUAACCAAGAUUCCAUUAACAGAGGAACUUUCUAUGGCCAAGCAGCACAGCAAGUAAAUAUUCCCGUUCCUGGAGGUUGUACUGAUCCAAAUGCCUCCAACUUCGACCCAACUGCAAGAAGUGAUGAUGGAACCUGUUUAUACACAUUCUAAGAAUCUAAGCAUUAAUCUCCACCUACUAGGGGAAAGGAGAAGAAGCUGAGAUUUGAGUAAUCGAAUAACUUUGUUAUCAUGUUCUCAUAUGGGAUUGUUAUCCUCUAUAAUUUUGAGUUAUAUUGUGCACAAUGUUAAAUCGUAUUGGUGCCUUUCUCUUUCGGUCUGUGCUAUGUUAUUGCUUUUCUAUAUUCAA